GAGAUCCCUUGCCCUUUUGGAAGGGAUGAAACCUAUAAAAACGAUAUUUGCUACAAUUCAGCAGUUAGAAGGAUUUAGCAUUUCUCAAAGUGCGUAUGGAAAGAAAUACGAAAUAUUAGUUUCCAUCUAAAGCGACAGCACGCUGAGUAACAAUGUUACCUAUUUUGAAAGAGAAUUCAGAGAAUCGUCCGCUCGUUGCUGAUUCGAAUAAAGGGACUGAUUCAUCGGAAAUACUAGAUCUAUCGUGUAAAUCCACGGCACAAUUGCCCGAGCGAUUGCUCGAGCGAUUGCCCGAGCAAUUGCCUGAACAAUUGCCCGAGCAAUUAUCCGAUCUUAGAAAUUUACGGAAAUUGUGUCCCAUCUUGAAUCAGGCAUCGGUCAUUUCACAAUUGAAACAACAAUCAAGUAUUGAUACAACAACCAAUACUGCACCCACGCCGAUGAAUCCUUCCAUGGAAAUCGAUACAACAAAAUUUACUGAGAAUCGGAGAUCAUCGCAGAAGAGGAAGAAGCGGUCCGACAGCGAUGGUCAAAUUAACUAUUACCAAAUUAACAAUCUUCAGAUAAACAGCCAAGUUAAUAACGACCAACUCAACAACAGUCAGAUCAAUUGCAAUCAGAUGAAUGUUGAUAAAAUUCAGUAUAAACCAUUCAUGAACGAUAUCGACACGAAUUAUAUCAACGUCAAUCAGACUACUGUUAAGGAUAUCAGCAGCGAUAGUCACAGCGAUAUUAACAGCCACAAAAACAGCCUGGCAUCAAUCGGACAGUCAAUAUCGCACGAACACUCGAUAUCGAUGGCAAAUUCCAUGAAUGUGCAAUGUUUACCGACGAAUAUCUCCUCCGUGCCAAAUCCAUUGCCGUUGUGUGUGCCAAUGUCGAUGCAGGAGAUAGAGAAGUCGACAAUAUUAACAUCGAUUACAAAAGCAUCGAGACCGUUCAAAGUUUAUCCGAGAGAUCCUCUAAUUCUAAGCACAGGCGACAAGGACACUUCCGAUGCGUACAAUACGUUUCGAGAAAAAGUGCUCAAUAAUGUCAAAAACAUAGAAAAAGGAAGUACGAAUAGUAAAAUGCGCAGGACUUCCAAUUCAACCGGUUCACAUAUGAACAAUGUUGACGAUGAUGAAAAAAAUCGCGCCUAUUUGGAGAAAAGAAAAAAGAACAAUGAAGCAGCGAAACGUUCUAGAGACGCCCGACGAGCCAAAGAAGACGAACUUGCCAUUAGAACAGCUUUUCUUGAAUACGAGAAUCUAACGCUUAAGCAAACACUAAAUAUGUUUAUGAAACAAUUGCAGGAACAAAAUGUCAAAUUUGAUUUUAAACCGGUCAUUUUAGACACGAACGAAAAUGCUCCAGCUGCAGACACAGUAAAUAUGUCAAGCUAAUUGGAAGUUAAUUAUAGUUUCAUUUGGUGAUACAUAU